AUGACGGAAAAGGAUGAAGAGCCCCGGGACGCGGAUCAUCAGGUUCUGGCGCCGGAGCCUCUGGAGGAUGAGCAGCGGCUGGCACGCCGCACGCUGCUGGCGGAGUGUCGCGAGGCGCUGAAACCAUUGCCCUCCGAUGACCUCCACGAGAUCCCAGGGAGGCCGGGGGUGGUGUUUGCUGUCAAGGACUACAGCAAGCCCGACACGCUGCGCGAGCUGAGUGGCAAGGAGGCGGCCCGCAAGGACGCCCCCUUCCUGUUCCGGGCCUUCGAGACCGGGCAGCCGCGGCCGCCGCAGCCCGGGUCGAAGCGCGCGGCGGCCCCCCGGGCCUUCACCAUCCACGAGUACCUGGACUGGACGGUGACCGCGCCGGACCCGGUCACGCUGGACGACCUCGACUUUGGCGGCUUCCGGGUAGUGGUCCUGUACCCACGCUACCUUUCCCUCUGGCCCGCGCCGGGCGCCGUCGAGGCUGACGUGGCGGCCGCUGCCGCGGAGGACGAGCGCCUGGCAAAGGCCGGGGGCGCCGCCGCGGCACCGCUGCGCCACCGCCGCCUCGCCUGCAGCCGGCCAGCCAUGCCGGUGCUCCAGACGCACGCGACGCCCAUCUGUGCGGCGACCAUCCGCGCCGGACCCGGGUUCCUGGAGGUGCCAUUCUACGCCACCCACGAGUCCAAGCGGAACAAGGGCUAUGGCCGGGCUCUGCUGGAGGCCAUCGAGGCCAUCUGCAGGGCCACAGGCAUCCCAACCAUCUUGCUCUGUAGCACAGAUGACCCCAAGACGAGGGGGACGUGGCAGCAGCUGGGCUUCCAGGUGUCGUCGCAGAGUCAGCUUGACGCCCUGGGGGUUACACACAUGGACCUCCUCCACAUGGACAACACCGUACAGAUGCACAAGGAGGUGCCGCCCCAGCGGCCGUGGCACUCCCUCUGCAUCAAGCAUGAGGCCUACCGACAGCGGGUGUACUACCUGCCGGGGUACCAGGUGCCAGACCCGGUGCCACUCCCACUGUCCAGCGCCUUUCCUAGCAAGCCCAGCAAACCCACCAAGAAGCGGCCCAAGAAGCGCAUCUAG